AUGGCCUUCGGACAUAAAAUCUCCGCUGAUCCUACCGGUGAAUCUGUAGAUCACAAAACUUAUCGAGGAAUAAUUGGUUCAUUGAUGUACCUCACCGCAAGUCGACCACAUAUUGUCUUUGCAACAACUGUAUGUGCAAGAUUCCAGGCAAAUCCGAAAAUGUCACACAUGACCGCAACCAAGCAGAUUCUAAGAUACUUAAAGGGCAGCAAGAAUCUUGGCUUAUGGUACCCCGCAGGAAAUGAUUUUAGCCUACAAGCAUUCACUGAUGCAGAUCAUGUCGGUUGCAUACAAGAUCGAAAAAGCACCUCCGGUGGAUGUCAAUUUCUGGGUAGAAGACUAGUUAGCUGGUCCUCAAGAAAACAAAGUUGUGUAUCAUUGUCUACCACAGAAGCUGAAUAUGUCGCCGCAACCAACUCUUGUUCACAAGUCUUGUGGAUGAGAACACAACUUAUAGACUACAGAUACAAAAUGCUGCGGAUACUAAUUUAUUGUCACUCUGAGAGUGCUAUAGCGAUUCCUCACAAUCCUAUUCAUCACUCAAAGACAAAGCAUAUUGAGCUACGCUAUCAUUUCAUCAAAGACCACAUUCUGAAAGGUAAUAUCGAACUAAUUUUUGUCAAUACUCAUAAAGAGAUUGCUGAUGUAUUCACUAAAGAAAUCGAUUCUACAAAAUUCAAUAGUUUCUUACAAAUGUUUUGA